AUUUCAUCCUGUAAACUUCCGGAAUCUAAAAUGAAAAAAUGAAAUUCAUUUUAACGCAAAACAUUCAAUUAUCUUAAACAAGUGCAUUAAAUAUAAAUGCUUAAAACAUGGAAAAGUACGUUAAGGUGAGGAAAAUAGGCGAAGGAGCCUUUGGAAAGGCAGAACUGGUCAAGCGGAAACAAGAUGGACUUCAAAUGGUCAUUAAGGAGAUCAAUAUCAUGAGGAUGAAUGCUAAAGAACGUGAAGAUUCCAGAAAAGAGGUAGCUGUUCUUGCACAGUUAAAGCAUCCAAGUAUAGUAGCCUACAAGGAAUCAUUUGAAGAGCAUGGUUGUCUAUUUAUUGUUAUGGACUACUGCGCAGGAGGUGACCUGUAUGCCAAAAUCAACAGUCAACGUGGCAUUCCCUUUGGAGAAGAACAGAUUCUGGACUGGUUUGUGCAAAUGUGCCUUGCCAUUAAACACAUCCAUGACCGGAAAAUCCUACACAGGGACAUUAAAUCUCAGAAUAUAUUUUUGACAGCUCGGGGUUUGGUUCAGCUUGGGGAUUUUGGUAUUGCGAAGGUUCUCAACAGCACAGUGGAGCUGGCUCGAACAUGUAUCGGGACACCAUACUACCUCAGCCCAGAGAUAUGUGAAAAUAAGCCUUACAACAACAAAAGUGAUAUAUGGUCCCUUGGGUGUGUGCUGUAUGAACUAGCAACCUUAAAACAUGCCUUUGAAGCUGGCAACAUGAAAAAUCUAGUUUUGAAAAUUAUAAGAGGUUCAUAUCCACCAUUAUCACCAAAAUACAGCUAUGAUUUGAGAAACCUUGUUUCAGCCUUGUUCAAACGAGCACCAAGAGACAGACCUUCCAUCAAUUCUGUACUGAGGAAACCAUUUAUAUCACAGAGAGUCCCAAAGUUUCUAUCAACAGAGGAAUUGGAGUCAGAGUUCAGCCAUACAGUGAUGCAUGGACACAAGUUGGGCCGUGCCCUCCCUCCCCCACCAAAACCCGCGGCACGACCUCCUUCAGCCUCCCGUAGUCGUCCAGAAAAUGGACCUGGGGCUGCAGCAGGCUCUGCCGGCAAGAAAUAUGAUCCCUCAAAAAUAUAUGGUCAGCCAGUGGUGAGGAAAUCCAAGGAAAAUAGGGCACCAGCCAAGAGGCCAGGAAGUGCAGGUGGAUCCCGUCCAGGAAGUGCUGCUGGUUCCCGCCCAGGAAGUGCAGCUGGUGCCCGUCCAGGUAGUGCCUCUGGUUCCCGUCCUGGAAGUGCAGCUGGGAGCAGGCCUUCCAGUAGCCAGGGGUCAAAGGAACGCCUGCCUAUUUCACCAUCAUAUAAGGAACUCCAGAAGCGUCGUCAGGAGUUGUUGGAUCGGGAGAAGAAACGACGUGACGAGGGACGACGGAGAGAUGAGGAGGUGAAACGGAGAGAGCUUGAGAAACGACAUCGUGACCUGCAGGAGAAACAGAGGCUUGCAAGAAUGCACAAGGCCAGGGAGGAGGGGUGGACCAGUUUGAUAGGGUCCAUGGAAUCUGACAGCGGGAAGGAUAACAAGAGGGAGGAAGUGAGAGAACCGGUCCGGGCGGCUGGGAUCGGUGGACCAGCAAUAGGGGUUCAGAGGCCUAUAGCUGGGCCAGCAGGUGACCAGAAUGGAAAAGCAGCGCGAGGGAAAUACGAGCAUUACAACCAGUAUCUGGACAAGCUUGAACAAGACAGGGAGAUACGGAAACGGCAGGAGGGAAUCCCACCUAAAGCCCCAGUCCAAGCAUACAUGGGAGCCCCUAAACCACUGCCAGCUGGCCCCGCCCAUGUGAGGCCCCUUCCUGGCACCCCUGAUCCCUGGAGAAGGGCCCCUCAACCGUCACCAGUAUACCAACAGUACAACCAAAGAGGAGCAAACCAGCAGCAGGAGCGUGCUGAGCUGGUGGAGGAUUUCAUCAGCCGGCGGAAAGCAGCAGCAAACAACAAGAUGCGGGGGCAAGCAGAGUUGUUUGGGCCAUCCAAUCCCAGCGAUCCUCGGAGAACACCGACACCUGUUAACAAACCGAGCGCAGGGAACCAGGCCGGUUCAGCAGCAGACGCUAGGAACCGUGAGGAGCAGGAAUACCUGGAGAAACUGCGGCAAAUACGGCAACAAAAUUACAACGAACGACGCAACAUGCAGGCACAUGGGGACAAGGCCGGAGCAGAGGAGAGGAAGAAGAAAGCUGAGGCUCUUAAGAAACAGGCUGAGGACUGGGCUAAACAGAGACAGGAAGCCCUGGCCAAGAAGAAACAGGACUUCUUUGACAGGGAGAGACAGAAAAGAGAGAUGCAAGGCAGAAGGCCUAUGGCCCCUUCCCCAGCCCCAGCAUUUCCUAUCACAGGGGCAGUUCACGCCCUAGGGGUCAACCCCAGGGUAAUAGGGGAGGCUCCGCCACCACAACCGGGGCCUGGUAUCACCAAUGUUCUCGGUGCUCUGGGUGGUCCGGCCAGGGGCGUGGCAGAUGAGGACCAAGAUAGGGCCAAGACACCAAUGCAAAAACAGAAGGAAAGUAUACUUAAAAAGUUAAAUGAAAAGGGACCACCCAAAGAAGAGGCACCCGAGUCCGCAAGGCCCCGGUGGGGUGAGGGUGGCCCGGGCUUGAAGUUUGCCGAGAAACCUGAAACCAUGGAAGUAGCCCGACCCCAGUGGGGUGGAGGUGGCGUGGGCUUGAAGCUUGCAGAGAAACCUGACACACCAGAUCCCGCCCGACCACAGUGGGGAAACGCACCCUCCCUCGACCUAGCACAGAUGGCUCUUGAGGAGACAUCCUCACAGAUGGAAGCAACAAGUGCACGGGACCGUGUUAUAAUGAACCCAGAUUCUGUACGGCGCCAAUGGGGCCGGCCUGGGGAGACUGUGGUAAAGGCCCUUCAAGGGGUGCCUCUUGCAGAACAGACCAUGGCCAGUGAUAAGUCAGAGGGCAGCCUAAGCUCUGCCUCAACUGGGGAAGGUCCCACCCCUUCCGCUGCGAUUGGUUCUACCAUUACAAUCACAAAGGCUCCAGCUAUCACAAAGGGAACAAUAACCAUCCGAACUGCUGAAGAAAACAAGAAACAAGCCACCGAGAGUGAGCUACAACCACCAACAUCGACAGAAGAUGAUGACCGAUUGUCUACAAUCCCGGAAACAGCAAGCUCCCAGCUGGACUCUCCCACGAAGGGCAGGUCACCCACAAGAUCUCCAACACAAGCACCCACAGUUACUUCCCUUGUUGGCAAAACAGUAGAUAACAUUGUAGCUGAGCCAGAAAAUCAAAAGAAAGACUCUGAACAGAUUGUUGAAUCUCAUGUUGAAGCAGAUGAGAAAAAAGACUCUCCAACAAAGGAGGUAGUUAAGCCCCCAAUUCCUGCUAGAAAACCGCCAUUGCCAGAAAAGCCUGUUACGUUGCCUAAACCAGUGCUUUUACCAAAGCCAGAUGCCCCAAUGGAGUUUGCACCAAGUCGGCCUUCAUCAGUGAAGAGUUUGGGGGCGGGAACAUUCUUUGAGAAGGUGAAUGAGGAAACCGACCAAGCAGAAAAGAAACCAAUUGACCAAUCAAAGAAACCAGAAGACGAUGUUGUUGUCAAAGAGCUCUCAGAUGAAGGGGAGAAACGCAAGACAGGUCUAGUUUUGGGUAUGACGAUGGGCAGUUUUGACAUCGGGCACCGUGAACUUCUCCGAACCUGCUCGGAGCCCGACCUGGCGGGGUUGUUCCGCACUAUGACCCAGGAGAGCCCAGUGAAGCCCAGGGCCCAGAGUCUGGAGGAUAUGACCACUGUUGAAGAGGAGGAGGGGGAAGAUGACGAAAACAUUGAAAAUGUUUACAGCAACAUGGAGCGAGCAGUUGAGUCAGCUGAGGCAUCUCAAGAAAUCGAGGGGGAGGACAUGGGUGGGGCGGGAGAUGGAAAUAAGGGGGGUGAGUCUGGACAGGGGGAAACGGAGGGAGAAGGAGCUGAACAGGAGGAGGAUGGAGAAAACUUCGAAGAUGAUGAAGAUGAAGACAUGGCUGACCUUAUCAGUGUGAGAGCCACCAUGCAGAGCCUGUUAUGUGAUGAUUCUGAAGAGGACAGCAAGAAAAGCCCAGUGAAGUUCAGCCUGUCGAGUGACCGUGAGGGAAACGACGGGGACCUCGAUACCGAGGAGGAUACGCCGGAUGGCGCCGGGCUAUCGGGGGAGGGGGUGGAUGAUACAGGGGAGGGAGAAGAUAUGGAGGGCGAUGGGGAGGAAAUCAGCGGGGAAGAAGGAGACCAGGAUGCCGAAGAUGGCGAUAUUGAGGAUGAUGACGGAGAGGAGGAGAAUGAAGGCAGUGGUGGUGAUGCAAACAGGUCUGACUCAGUGGACAAUGAGAACCCAGAGACUCCGGAUGGCAGCAGGGAUGAUGGCAUGUCGGAGCUCUUCCCUACUGAUGACAGUGACAGCGAGUUCAAUGAUGAAGAGGACAUGGGCGACUUUGAUCUGUUUGGGAGACUUGAGGAAACCCGGGCUCAGUUAGAGGAAGCCUUGGGCGCAGACAAGCUCAUACAGGUCUACAAAACCAUACAGGCUCUGCAGGAGGAUGAGGAUGAGAAUAUGGAGGAAGGGGCCAGGAUCGCUCAGGACCUUCUGGGACCUUCACAUAUACACCUGUACCCCAAAGUAUUCCAGCUUGUUAUGGCCGAUGCUGCAUUUACUGAUGACAACAUAAGCUGAUGAAAACAAGGCCACAUCAUUGAUAAGACACAUCACAAAUUCAAGCCACAACGGAAUAUUGAUCAAUGAUUGGAUAUAUGUUUACCACCAAGAUAUGUGUGUAGAGGGGCCAACUUGUAAAUUUAUUAAGUAAAGCCAGCUUUAUGUUGACCUUUCAAACCCUUCGAAUGAUUGUGCAAUGAUAAGUAAGGUAUUACAUAAAGACAAAUAGCUUGUUAGCUUGGUUAAUAUUUCACGAUUUUUUGUUCUUAAGCAAUAAAGCAAAAAUUAAAAUUUGCAACCCAAAUAUUUAUUUAUCAUCAGAUAUCAGGAAUUCCUUUUACUUGCGGAAUGAUCCAUUCAUAAAAAAUUGUGAAUAUUAAGCUCUGCUCAAAAUAAAAACACUAAAUAUGUGAAUGGUAUUUUGCCAUACAAAUUCUAUAAUUCUUAUAUUUAUUAUAUUGUCUCACUUUUCUGUUAGUGAUUAAAAUAUAUAUAUAUGUUUUGUUUAUUUUAUGUUUAUUACAAUAUUGUUGUGAUAUUCACAAUGUGCUAAAUAUUAUCACAGGGUGAUAGAGUUUUAUAUAUAUAUACUAAGAUGGUUGUAUGAAACUGUAAAAAACACUUUUUUUACUUGUAAAAUUAUAAACAGAAAUUAAUUCAUAUUCAUUGUUUAUUGAUGAAUGUCAAAGAUAAUCAAAUGUUCAUUACCUUAAUUAUGGGUUCAUGAUCAAAGUUACAGAUGAACAAACUAGUCUGAAAUUCCAUAGUUUUGGAUUUAGGUUAAAAAACUAUCCAAUUAACAAAUGUAUGAAUUCUGGAUGCCUGGAACUCCAUACUAUAAUGGGAUCCUUUGAAAGAGUUUUUGUGUAGAGACAGAAUAUACAGUAAAUACACCAAAAAAUUUUUAUACAAAAAUGUUUUAUUGGCCUUUUAGGAUGUCAAAUUAGGCCAAUUUACAUCUUCUUUCAGUUGAAAUUAAGACAAUAUAGCUUUGUCUGUUUUCUGUAUUAAAAAUCAGCGAGCAAUACCGUUUCGGAUGAUUCUAAAAUUGUUUGGGGUCACCAAGCAUUCAAAUUUAACAUGAUAACCAGUGGCGAAAUGAAAUGACAUCUUACAUCAAAUAUCUUCAAAUUGUAUUAUAGCUUGGCUUUUUUUAGGCGCAACUGUAUACAAGAACAUUAAACAAUCCAUAGUUUGUUUUAUUCUGAUUAUGAAUCUUGUCUUUCCCCAUAUAGUUAGAAAGCUUCUGUUUUCCGUCCAUUCAAUGGGUAUAACCACUUUUACUUGAAUGUAACCAGUACAUUUAAUACAUGUAUAUGUUUACUGUGUUUGGUGACUCGUUUUAACAAAAAGGGCCAUGGUUUCACUGUAAUAAUUUACACCUCAAUUUCCAUUCCUUAAAUGAACUGCCUUUUGGCAAUUGUGAUUAUCAUCUAAUGAAUGCAACAUCUUCGGAUAUGUUCGGAUCGGAUCGCUAAUCAUCGCAUAACAAUAUACAUGAAAAUUAUUGAUCUUGUUUAUUCCUUAAAUACAAAUAUGACUUCACUUAAGGUAAUAUAUAUAUAUAUAUAUUAUAAGUAUAUAUUAUAAGUAUUAUAAACUAAUAUUUUUCACAUCAUCUAUGGUAUAUGAGGUAUAAAUUCAACACAGCUUUUUGCACUUCUGACAAAUAGUAAAGUUGUAAGAACAAGAUUUGAAAUGUUCUAUUCUUUUUAAUGCCUUCUUAUUUUUAGAAUUUUAGAUUUUGAUCAACUGCUUUUUUCUAGUACGGCUCUGGUCAAUUUUUCGAAAGUUCUUAAGCUUAACAGGCUUAUUAAGAAUCUUAUUUCAAUGAGCAAAAGUACAUAUUUCAAUUUGAUUUAAUAAAUGAAAAAUGGUUUCUUAUGGUCAUGAUAUAUAUAAUUCAUAUUCGAAGUCUAAAACUCCUACUGAAGUAACUAUGAUGCAAAUUAUUGAUAAACAAAAAAAGAGUGAGCUUAGCUUAAUCCUGUUAUAAUGGUUUAGAGAAAUUUGGGCCUGAGGUUUAGCGACACUUUGUUUGUUCAUGGGAGUUUAUUUGGUCAGUGUAUAGUAAAAUUUAAAAUAAAAAAAGCAAACCUUUCAACUAAAUCUUUGUGUAACAUAGGUUACAUGAGAAUAUUAGCUGCAAUUUUUACAAUGUAUUCCGUCCAUGUUGUUCUGAAAGGAUACACAUCUACAUAGCAUAAUUACUGUAAUAGUUUUCUGUUGAUGAAUGUUUAAAAUGGACCAUUACACCACCAUUAGUGAAAAAUACCAUGUUUAUUUUCUUCUAUUUUGUAUCAACAUUUUUGUUCUUUUGUGUUUGCCAAUUCAUGUAAUUUUGCUGGCUUUUUGUCCAAUAUUAUCUUUGUGCUAGCUAGUUCUUAGAUGACAAAAUAAAUCUAAUAAAAUUUAUGAAAUAUC